CGCCAUCUUGUGCCGUGCCCGUACAGCGCGGGCGCCGCCAUCUUGUACCCUCCCCGCGCGGUGUGCUGGCCAUGGCGGGGCUGCCGUGCCGCCUGCUGCUCCUCUGCUUGGCGGCCGCCGCCACCAGCGCCGAUCUGGUGCUGGAGGAGGUGCGGCGCUCGCUGGACCUCAGCACGCACCUGGCCAAGAUCUCGGCCGAGCUCAGUCUCGCCAAUGCGCCGGGCGGCGCGGCCGCCUCCACCUUCCUGCUGGCGCUGGAGCCCGGGCUGGAGCCCCGGCUGGCCCACCUGGGCGUGCAGGUGAAAGGCGAGGAAGAGGAGGAGAAUGCCUUGGAAGUGAAAGAGACCAAAGUUAAGGGCAAAAGUGGGAAGUUCUUCUCGGUGAAGCUGCCCUCUCCUUUGGCCCCAGGAGCCAAGGUCCGUGUCUCUGUUGAAAUGGUUUUCACACACGUCUUGCAGCCCUAUCCCACCCACAUCACCCAAAGUGAGAAGCAGUUUGUGGUCUUUGAAGGAAAUCACUAUUUUUACUCCCCGUACGUCACCAAAUCUCAAACAACCCGUGUCAAGCUGGCCUCCAGGAAUGUGGAGAGUUACACCAAGCUGGGCAACCCUUCCCGCACCGAGGACACGAUUGAGUAUGGCCCCUUCAAGGACAUCCCUCCAUACAGCCAGGACACUCUGAAGGUGCACUAUGAAAACAACAGUCCCUUCCUGACCAUCACCAGCAUGACACGAGUCAUUGAGGUGUCUCACUGGGGUAACAUUGCUGUUGAAGAGACAGUUGAUUUGAAGCACACAGGAGCAGUGCUGAAAGGGCCUUUCUCCAGAUACGACUACCAGAGACAGCCAGACAGUGGGAUCUCUUCUGUCAAGUCUUUUAAGACCAUUCUCCCAGCUGCUGCUCAGGACGUCUAUUACAGAGAUGAGAUUGGGAACAUCUCCACCAGCCACCUUCUUGUCCUGGAUGACUCUGUGGAGAUGGAGAUCCGUCCCCGAUUCCCUCUUUUUGGGGGCUGGAAAACCCAUUACAUCAUUGGCUACAACCUGCCAAGCUACGAAUACCUCUACAAUCUUGGUGAUCAGUAUGCCCUGAAGAUGAGGUUUGUUGACCAUGUGUUUGAUGAGCAAGUUACAGACUCUCUGACUGUCAAGAUUGUCCUGCCAGAAGGAGCCAAGAAUAUCCAUGUGGACAGCCCCUAUGAAAUCAAUCGUGCCUCAGAUGAACUUCACUACACAUAUCUGGACACUUUUGGACGCCCUGUUAUUGUGGCACACAAGAGCAACCUGGUGGAGCAGCACAUCCAGGACAUCGUGGUUCAUUACACCUUCAACAAAAUCCUGAUGCUGCAAGAGCCUCUCUUGGUAGUUGGAGCCUUUUACAUCUUGUUCUUCACUGUGAUUGUCUAUGUCAGGCUGGAUUUCUCCAUCACCAAGGAUCCAGCUGCUGAGGCCAGGAUGAAGGUUGCCUGCAUCACAGAGCAGGUGCUCACUCUGGUGAACAAGAGGCUGGGGCUGUACCGCCACUUCGAUGAAGCAGUGAAUAAAUACAAGCAGUCACGGGACAUCUCCACCCUCAACAGUGGCAAAAAGUCUUUGGAGAUGGAGCACAAGGCCCUGACAAGUGAAAUAGCCUCUCUGCAGUCUAAACUGAAGACAGAAGGCUCUGACUUAUGUGAUAAAGUGAGUGAGAUUCAGAAGCUGGAUGGGCAGGUGAAGGAGCUGGUGCUGAAGUCGUCGGUGGAGGCGGAGCGGCUGGUGGCAGGCAAGCUGAAGAAGGACACGUACAUCGAGAACGAGAAGAUGCACUCCAACAAGCGCCAGGACCUGGUCUCCAAAAUCGACAACAUCCUCGAUGCACUCUAACUCUGCUUUGGCAGCUGCAGAGGUGUGAAGGGAGGUGAGAGUGAUACACUUGGAGCCAAAACUCACUCCCAGCAAAAUUAGGGGGAAAGUUGAUGUGGAAUGUCUGAAAGUGCAUUUUUUUUUAGAUUUUUCUAUAGAGCCUGUCUGCUCGGCAGCACGUGCUGUGCAAGGAACCAAGCCAGCGUGUUUGGCUGGGUAAUGGGAUUUCUUUACCAGAGGUGAGACUCAGCCAAGUUAUGAAACAUCUCCUGCUUUUGGUUUGCCCUGUAUAGAUGUGCUCUGAGUAAACGCACACAAGGAGCCACUCUGAGCACAGAAACACUUAUGGCAAAGCUGAAUCUCUCAGCUCUGGAAAGAAUAAUAAAAGAUACCUUUGUUCUACUUUGAAAUAAAACAGUCACUGCCUUGUG